AUUACACCAAAUUCGAUCCGCAAAAGAUUCAAAUUUACAGAUGUACCGAGCAGUGUGAUAAAAAUGACGCCAGAAUUUUGCUCUGUUUAUGUCAUCGCUAAAGGAAAAAUCUCAUCUAUGCGAUGCUCCACCGUAGCACCGCCACAGCCUCCUCCACGUAGUAAUCAUCAAAUGCAACACCAUCCCAGCAAUGUUUCUGAAGCAAGUGAUUCGCAUUUCAUCUGCACCCAGAAGCCUAACAGCAGAGCAUCAGAGAGGUUGCAUUAUCAAUCGGGUAGCCAGCAGUUUGAUGAAAUCAAGUCACCAUUCACUAGAGGAAGACCUUCGAUGGACAGAUCAUUUGAGCUCCCACCAGAUAGUGACAUAUCAUUUGUGAGUACUGGAAGACCAAGUGUGGAUCGCAUGUAUCCUUCUUUCUAUGAUAGUAUGGAUUCAGGGAGGAACUCUCGACGUUUGAUUGGCUCAGAAACGGAAAACAGAAGCUCUGUGUCAUCCAACCCGAGAAGCAAGCAUUUUAUGGAAAUCAACUCUCCACAACUUGAAUUUUCACCAUCCUCAGUUGAUAGUGGAAACUCUUGGUUGUCACAAAAUAAUAAUAAUAAUUUGGAAGAGGUGGAGCUUGAGAUGAGGAGGCUCAGGCUAGAGCUCAAGCAAACAAUGGAGAUGUACAAUACAGCGUGCAAAGAAGCACUGACAGCAAAACAUAAGGAAAAUGAAUUUAACCGGUGUAAAAUGGAAGAAGGACAAAGAUUAGAACAGGCGCGACUAGCUGAGGAAGCUGAAUUGGCACUUGUAGAGAGGGAGAAAGCAAAAUGCAAGGCAGCGAUUGAAGCAGCUGCAGCAGCUCAAAGGCUUGCUGAACUGGAAGCGCAAAAGAGGAGGAACGCAGAAAUGAAAGCCCUUAAAGAAUCUGAAGAGAGGAAGAAGACACUUGAAGCAAAGUCAUAUGAUGUUAGGUACAGGAAGUACACAAUUGAGGAGAUUGAAGUGGCAACAGAUAAAUUUUCACUAGCUCGCAAGGUUGGGGAAGGAGGCUAUGGGCCAGUAUACAGAGGUGAACUGCAUCAUACACCAGUUGCUAUAAAAGUUCUACGUCCGGAUGCAGCUCAAGGGCGAUCGCAGUUCCAGCUAGAGGUUGAAGUAUUGAGCUGCAUACGACAUCCAAACAUGGUUCUCCUUCUUGGAGCUUGUCCAGAGUACGGUUGUUUAGUCUAUGAGUACAUGGCUAAUGGGAGCUUGGAAAAUCGUCUAUUUCACCGAGGUAACACCCCGGCUAUUCCUUGGCAACUAAGGUUUCGAAUUGCUGCAGAAAUUGCAACGGGGCUGUUAUUCCUUCAUCAGGCUAAGCCAGAACCCCUUGUGCACCGUGACUUAAAACCUGGCAACAUAUUGCUAGAUAAUAACUAUGUGAGCAAGAUUAGUGAUGUAGGUUUGGCUAGACUUGUGCCUCCAUCAAUAGCUGAUGCGGUCACACAGUAUCAUAUGACAUCAACAGCUGGAACAUUUUGCUACAUUGAUCCAGAGUAUCAGCAAACAGGCAUGCUUGGAACAAAAUCUGAUAUCUACUCACUAGGUGUGAUGCUUCUACAAAUCAUUACAGCCAAACCACCAAUGGGUUUGACUCAUCAUGUAGAGCGGGCUAUUGAGACGGGAAGCUUUAGUGAGAUGCUUGAUCCUGCAGUUCCUGAUUGGCCAGUUGAGGAAGCCUUGAAGUUUGCCAAACUUUCUUUACAGUGUGCUGAAAUGAGAAAAAAAGACCGACCCGAUCUUGGGAAGGUUAUACUGCCUGAGCUUAACAGAUUGAGAGCCCUCGCCGACGAUAGCUUCCAAUGUGUUAUGUUUGGCGGAAGUGGAGUACUCUCACCAAAUCAAGACUCAAAUUCUACAUCACAAGAUGUCAUAAGUCGACCACAAUCUGGAUAUGAUAGCUUGAGGAGUCGUACUUCGAGCACAUCAUCUCAUUCUUAAAGAAGUAGAUGAUUCUCAAAUUCAGACUUUUUUCCUUUGUUGAUGGAAACUCAGCUUCUCAACUUUGUUCUUGAGGAGUCGUACUUCGAGCACAUCAUCUCAUUCUGAAAGAAGUAGAUGAUUCUCAAAUUCAGAAUUUUUUCCUUUGUUGAUGGAAACUCAGCUUCUCAAAUCUGAACUUUGUUAAUGUAUUUCAUCUUUUUGUCAUUACCCUGGAACAAUGUAACAAAAGUCUUAUAUAUCCAAGCCAAUUCGACAAGUCAACUGCAUAACUAGAGCUACCUUCAGAAUUUGUUUGUACAAAUUCGACUGUAGCUAGUCAAGUUCUUAUCGCAUCCUGUAGGAGGCCCACCAGAUGUGUCAAAUGAAGAGAAUU